AUGCUUUCACAACUGUGCUCUCUGAUCUGCAAACUCCCUAGAGCCCUCUGGCUGUCCGUCUGGGCCCUCCUAUGCUCGCUCCCUCGAUCCACCGCGGCGCCGAACCCAAGUCGAGUCUUGCAGAACAUCACAAUCGAGGUGCCCACAGGGACGACAAAUCAUUCCGAUAAGCAUUUACUCUGCCUUCCGUCCCAAUGGGUUGAUGUCUUUGCCUUCUUCCUCACGAACUAUGUCUCUCACGCAAUGACUGUUAAAUCCGAGCCUGGACAGGCUUUGUUGACUCAAAUACAUGCGUCCCUUACCGCCCUGUUCCUGCCGACUUUUGGGCUUGUCCGCGGUCUGUCUGCAGUGGUUCAGUGUGCCGUCUCAUCCCACUCUGAACUUGAGAGUGCUUCUAAAGCUGGAGCUCUUUGCGUCGUGGUUCGAUCCGGAGACUGGCAGCCCAUGCAUGGAGACCGUAUUGAGGGGAUCAGCGUUAAGAAUCUUCCAUCCGACGUUACUAGCAGCGACUUUGAUGAGAUCGGCACUCCCCUCCACAGUCCGAGUCUAGCAGACGAAGAACAAGCAAAUGCUGAGCCACAAACUGAGGCCCAGUUGCAGAGUUCGCAAGCCUCUUACCACAGUUCUUGCGGGGAUACGAAUUAUGAUACCGGAAGUGUGGUCACAGAGACCAAUGGCUCUCAAGACCUUCCACUAGCUGAGUAUAACCAGUCACCAUCCAACUUGGGCACUUUUAGAGUCUGGAGAACCUUCUUGCCCGGUGGCUGCACCUGGAAGCCCCAGAAAGGGUCGUUUGAUCUCACUGGAAGAAAAGUCCACGGCACUUGCGAUUUGCCUCAGGGAUACGCGCUCACGAAGCUUCCUGCGGGCAUUCAAUUUUGUGACAUGCACGGCAAUAAGGUUCUCCAAGUCGAUAAGCGAUCAUGGUGGACAAGGGCGUGGGCGUGUAUAAAGAUGAGAUGGCAAGGUAUCCGAGAUGGCCUCCGGCGCUCUUCUACUCGUACCUCCCAACCCGAGACUCAAGAUGUUCAGCCCAGAUUAAGUCCCUCUUAUAGCCUCUCAAAAGGACUGUUCGCUAUUUUCCAAGCCUUCUGGGCUUCUUACACGCUGUGGCAAGCCCGGGGGAAUCAGAUCGAUGAAUAUGGAUAUGCGGCAUUCGGACUUACGGUUGUGCCAUAUCUGAUCAUGUCCAUUAUAAAUUUGUUCAGUACUAUACUGACGCCGGACUACUCGACUGUGUAUAUGGUCCGUACAGACAUCAUGGAUGAAGCGGAACGUCGUCAAGGUCAUUUUGACGGGAUUGUAGGUAAAAUUCCCGAAACCCCCGUGGUAGGCAACAUGGACGGGGUUUUUGAAAUGCAAGAUGGACGGACCUUUAUAUUUCUCAGCAAGCGAGACACAUCACCCACCAAAAACCAGGCCAGCAAAAUCCCAUCUCGGAUGGAAUUGGUACCCAUGGAUCAUAUAAGCCGGACCUGCUCUCAACCUCCAGUCACAGUUGAAAUUCCCAACUACUCUGGCGAUUUGAAACACCGCUACUGUCACAAACGUGAUGUUCAAACAGAGCGUUCCGCCUUCUUCGUUGGCCUUGCGGUCGGACUGAUCUCUCUGGCCAUUAUUGGUGGGAUCUCCCGCUUCAAGAAAGGCAGCAAGAGCACCUACACCCAGCGGGUUUGGAUAAUGACGUGGUUGGCGUUUGGAACCAUCGUGGGGCCUCACUAUGUGCUCGCGAAGUCUGGUUUCUAUGACGAGAUAAUGAGAGUCGCGCUUUGGCAGGUUAAGUUUAUGUGUUUUAUGUACGGCGUCCCCGCUAUUGGUGGCUUUGUUGUCGUCGGUCAAAUGAUAUCCAGCUAUGGCAGAUGUGUUCGACUGUAUUAA